UAUUUAUUACCAUCCAGGACCCAUACCAAGCGGACCCAAUUAUAAAAUCAUAACCUUUCUUUCACCCCCCACACGUGUCAACAUCAGACCGCCCCUAUUUUCUUAACCGUUCAUUCCCCUGCUAUUUAUAUAUAUACGCAUUAGCUCCUUCCUAUUUUCUCCCGCCUUUACUUACUUUCAUAUUUUUAGAACCCUCCCCACCCACCAACCUUGUCCUUCAAUCUUCUCGAUCUUCCCCAAUCUCUGCGCGUUCAAUUAAAAUUAUUUUUUCUUUUCUUUUUUUUUUUUUUUCCAUCCCAGGUUUUCUCUCUCUCUUAUUCAAAAGAAACCUUGGUGUUUCACAGAAAAUUGAUAGAAUGAGAGACGAGAUAGGAAGCCUUCCCAUGUUCAACGAUCCUAACAGCAUACCCAGAUCUAAAUUCGGAAAUAUGAUGCACUCUGAUCCCAAUAUGUCUUCCACCAUCAACACCGACGACGAUAAUUACCAUGUCCGUUAUAGUAGCGCUUCCGCAGCUAGCCCUGCUAGCUACGAUCCCAGCCGUAUGAGCGGCGAAGGCUCGCCGAUGAUGAUGUCGCCGUGGAACCAAACUUCUCCGUUUUCUAAAUCUCCAUGGUCCGGUCAGUUGGACGAUAACUUGUCGCAGAAUAGUCUCAUCGGCUCCCUUGUACGCGAGGAGGGUCAUAUUUAUUCAUUGGCUGCUUCAGGUGAUCUACUCUACACCGGUUCCGACAGCAAAAACAUCAGAGUCUGGAAGAAUCUUAAAGAAUUCAGUGGAUUUAAAUCCAACAGUGGUUUGGUGAAAGCCAUAGUGAUCUCCGGCCAGAAGAUUUUCACCGGUCACCAGGAUGGUAAGAUUCGUGUCUGGAAAGUUUCUCCCAAGAAUCCAAAUAUCUACAAGCGUGCCGGGACAUUACCGAGUCUGAUGGACAUUUUCAAAUGCUCCGUCAAACCGAGCAAUUACGUCGAAGUGCGUCGGCAUCGUACAGCUCUCUGGAUCAAGCACACCGAUGCGGUUUCGUGUCUGUGUUUGAGCGAAGACAAAACGCUUCUCUACUCUGCUUCUUGGGACAGAACAUUGAAGGUCUGGCGAGUCGACAGCUGCAAGUGCAUCGAAUCCGUACACGCACACGACGACGCCGUAAACUCCGUGGUGGCCAGCGUGCAGGGGCUGGUGUUCACUGGAGCCGCAGAUGGCACCGUGAAGGUUUGGCAGAAAGAGGUGCAAGGGAAGGGAACGAAGCACACGCUGGUUCAGACGCUGCUGGAGCAAGAGAGUGCAGUCACCGCACUGGCCGUUAACUCGUCCGGUUCGAUCGUCUACUGCGGUUCGUCAGAUGGAAUAGUCAACUUUUGGGAACGUGAGAAGCAGUUAUCCCAUGGUGGGGUCCUCAAGGGUCACAAGCUAGCCGUCCUGUGUCUAGCGGCUGCGGGAAACUUGGUAUUCAGCGGCUCAGCCGAUAAGACCAUUUGCGUGUGGAGGAGGGACGGUGUGAUCCACACGUGUCUAUCCGUGCUGAGUGGGCACGCGGGCCCCGUUAAGUGCUUGGCUGUUGAAAAAGAUCGCGAAUCCCCAAACACUGAUCAACGGUGGGUAGUGUACAGUGGGAGCCUGGAUAAAUCAGUGAAGGUGUGGAGCGUGUCCGAGCUAGCGUGUGAUAUAAAUCCAACGGCUAUGAUGUACCAGCAGCAGCAGCAAAUGGUUUCAGAUGGAGAAUCGUUAAGAUCAAAUGGAAGCGCCUCGUCUGGAAGCCGAGCCGGCAACAACAGGAGGUACUGAUCCCAAAGUCCCAACCAACACGGAAGGACUGAGGUGGGUCGUGAUCUCAAAUCCAACCGUGAGAAGCCACGUGUCGUCGUGACAGGGAAUUGGUUAUUGGCCAGAGAAUUAUUUGCACGGUGAAAUGUGGGGAGCGAGGCUGUAUAUUAAGGUUCGUGUGCUGUUGGGGGUAGUUACAUAGGGGGUUUGCCUACCAAGCGAGGGAGGAAAACACCGUGAGAAGGAGGGACUUUAAGGGGCUUUUAUGUAUGUUUUCUAAUAUUGAAAUUGUUAAGAUUUUUGGUCCAUUUGAUGAUUGGGGUGGAUGAUUGGCUACUGUAAGUUGGGAAUACAGAGAAAAAUAUUAGUAAUAGAAGACUCUUUCUUCUAUUUUUCUAUUACUAAUUUUAAUUUCUUAAUGAAGUGGUUGGAGGGUUUUUAUGGUAGCCAUUUUUUAAAUUAUGUCUUUGUUUAUAAUGCAUAAUAAUGAUUUUAUAUA